AUGAAUGCUCGUCAGUGGUAUGGUCUUCCAUCCCUCGCGACGGUUAUCUUCUGUCACAAGGUGUAUCCUGCGAGUUUCGCGGGCAUGGCAACAUGGCUGGCUUGCUCACCCUGGGAUCGAGUAAUUGGACCCUGUGCAAAGUCAUCUGCACCCGAUGUCUGCUGCACGGCUCAGCCAACAAUUCGCGUCCGCUGUCCAUGCAAUGAUUGUCCCGGCAUUAGUUUGCAUGGUGCUGCUUCACUUUCGCGAUCCCGCGCAUCCAAUAAGACGCUCUCAAUAGCCUUGGAUCAAGGGGCGCGGGUGCUCCAGCUCUUCGUCAAGGCUCGCAAGUGCAGGAUUGAUGCAAAACGCCGAGCCAGUCGGUUGAUGCGGCCCCGACAUUUACCCAUAGCCGAAAUGGCAAUAAGCAGGGGGCUUCCUGUGAGGCCCAUGCCUGUGAGACUUGCUGACCACAAUGUCCUAUGGUACGUACCUUGCUGGCUCACAUCAUCCGCCAAUGCAGGCCUUCAUGUGGGGUGUGGAGGUCCCAAGUGCCUCGUGGUAGAGGUUAUGUACGCGUUCAAUGUUAGUGUUGCAUUUGGCGGCUACCUAGCCUUCUUGAGAAUCGAUCGUUACCCACCGGCCCCAUCACAAAUUGGUGGCUACGGCUGA